AUGCCACGCUUUGUAGUUUUCACCGGUGCACCUUCAGCUACUGACCUACGUGCCAACGUCAAUGGCCUUUCCACAUGCUAUUGGCGUCAAAUCGGCUCCACGGAGCCUGGUCUGCUGUCGGAACGGGCAACACUGUUAACACAACGUACUCAACCACUCCCUAUCGCGACUCUUGAGGCCGCAAGCCGCCGACUUUCCUUGAUAUAUGGGAACGCAAUAUUUGACGAUUCUUCGACUGAGGACUACCAGCUCGCCUUGGAAGAGGCCGAAGACGGAGCGACUGCGAUUACGUGGCUACCCACCGAGGACCAAGACAACCAAGUUACCAAGGGGGAUGCUUCAAUCUUGGAACCUUCAAUCCACCAUCGUGCUAGGUCAUUCUUGGAUGAGACAGGUUAUACCUAUGAUACGGGAUCGUAUGCACGAAGCGGGAAUCAUUCAGACGAGUCAUCCAUCGCGCUUUUUCCUGUCUUCGCCUUCAACCCGCAUGCUCUCGUCAACAUGGGCUCACUCCACCCUACCGAAUCGUUGUCUCGAUUAAAUGCUCGCAGAGUGUCCUUCCUCGUCGCCGUCUUCGAAGUAGAAGGACCUGAAACCAUCAGGGUCAAGAAAGGGGUCGAUGCCGGCAAGGAGGUUUCCGUCCUUAAACUUUGCAUUGGAGACGACGGCGGGCCCGUGGCCAAGAUGGUUGCAUGGAGGGAAGUGGCAGACACUUGGGGAGGAAAUACCGAGGAACUCGCCGUGAAGAAGGGUGACAUCGUUCUCUUCGAAAACAUCAGUGCAACGUAUGGGUCCACGACCAACCCAACCCUCAACCUCACAGCUUCAGCAUUCUUCAACCCGAGGAUGGAGAUAUGCUAUCGCACGAUGCCAUACUCGCAUGAAGACAAUCGACUCCGUCCUGAUCUCCGCUUAGGGAUGAGCGAUAUGGCAGUUCGCAGGGUGGCGGCUUUGGUGGAAUGGUUCGAGCGCAUUGCAGGGCUCACCGUGGACUAGGAAGUCAAACGGCGUCGCAAUGUGCCGUCGGAGGCAACGCUUUGUUCACGUUCGCGAGGGAUGAUGCCCAGAUCGUCGAUUGACUGCGGAGGGAGACGAAACAUGGCCACACCUCCGAUUUGCACCCUGCUGCCAUGCUCCGUCGCCCUCGCCACAGUGCGCGUGCAUUGUUUACAGGGCCACCAACUUCAGCACCACUAUAAGAACGUUCCCCCCAUGGGCCGAAGUCAUUGAGCACGCUUCUGUAGAUCGUACCCAUUUGUUGCAUGGCAUCCAUCUGCAUACCACCGGACGACGCCCUCCGAUCCAUCAAUCUACCGAAGCUCGCAAGACCAUUCAUGUCAUUUGCUGCAUUCAUCUGUAACUGCACCCACGAAAAUCCGGCGGCAACAGAUAUGGAACCGAUGGCUGUUUCAACCUCAACCUUACUUCCAUUGGAUGAAGAGAACCCCGUAUUAGCUAUCCCGCUCGUUUGCGAAGGUGCCCUCCCAGGGCGUGUCCCGGAAACAAUCCACGAAACCAUGCACGAGAGUCCUGGAGGGAUGAUUGAAAACGAGGCACCACACUCGGAAAUAGACACGGUUGCUGUGCCUAGCGUUGAAACCUGCAUUAGUCGUGCAAUAACGUCGACGAUUAUCGAGGAUUUGACGCAGGAGGAAGUAGA